AGCCUAGACAUCGGAUUCUUGUUUUUGAAGAAAUUUUUGGAAAAUAAAAACCUAAUAUUUGAUUAUUGGUGUUCAUAACAAAUCUACAAAUAUUUAUAGAACACCGAUGAUAAUCACACGAGCAAAAAUCAUGGUUGAGCGACGCUUGGCAAUAAUUGGAAUUAUGGCAGCACUGUGCAUACAACUGGCCAACGGAGAACCUGUAGCAGAAUAUGGGCCAGUCUAUGAAAAGGACAUAUGUAAGGCCGACUACAUCAAAACAACCGAUUGUAACACCAUUGAACUCGACAUCUUUAACGAUGAAUAUUGUUGCAAGAAAUGCCCUAAUCUACAACAGAAUCCGGACCCAGAACACAGCAAUAGUUGUUCUUACAUUACAAAGCAACCGACGACCAUGUUAAAAACCACAACUGUCAAACCCUCUACUACAGCUAGUCAAAGAGAAACAACAACGACAGAUCGGAAAACAGCCCCGUAUCUAGAUGAUCCUACAACAACAGCAGUUUCCAUUCCACAAAAAAUCACUACAGAACAAGAUACGAAGGAUGAUAUUGAUCCGCCAUUGGUUACAGCUACAAAAUUGCCUGGCGCAACCAUUGCAUGGAUUGUUGCCAGUGUGAUUAUUUGUAUGAUAAUAGCAGCCCUAGCAGUGUAUUGCUAUUGCAAAAAAAAGCGUCAGAAUACUGCGAUAGAAGACAAGCCUUUGCCAGUUGAUGAAGAAAAUCCCUUGGUGCCCGAUCCACAGCAGGCAGAUGAACAGUAAAAAUGACACAUAUCUUUCAAAGUCUCACUCGUGUUAGAUUGCAGCUAGUAUUUUGAAUUACUGGUUUUAUUUUUUUUUUUCAUUUAGUUUUUAUUUGAUGUUAUCCUAUAAAAGGUAUUCAUGAGCGUGUCAAAGUCAGGCGGAUCCAUUGUCCCCCAUCUGAAGAUAACAAUAUUAAAAUAAAAAAAAUGGAAUAAAAAUAAAAUAAAAAUAUUAAACAUAAAAAAAAAUAAAAAAACGAUAUAGUUCUUGCAAAAAA